UUAAUCACAGACGUAAUGUUCGUCUUUUGCAGCAAUUUACGAUGGAAAUAUAGACGUUUAUACAAAAUAUUGUUGUACUUAAUAACAACUGAAAAUAGAAUGUCUGCAAACAUACAUUUUUUGUAUCACAAAAAAAAUGUUUUUCAAUAAUAUCGCUGAACUAUUGGUGUGUAUGCAGCCGAGUUACAAAGCUAAACGCUGAAAUAUUUGCAGAGCGCAAAAAAUUGCUGUAUCAAGUAUCCAAUUUGUCAGUCGGAUUAGUUCGAGCAGCCGUCAUCAUUUCAUAAAUCAAAUGCGUCAAACAGGUUUUUCUGCGGAAAGGAUCAGAUGUCAGUGUCCGCACGGUUCAGCAUUACAGGUGGGGAAGUUUUCAAAAGUGCGAAAAAUCUACUUACUAAUAAAAACGUCUCACGUUUUGCAAACUUGGAUUUGUGUGUUUUACUGAAUAAUCAUCCGCGUUGACAGAGCAGCCUUUACGCACGGGGACGUGUCAGUGGCAGCGGGCGGCGGAUGCAGUGGCAGACGUCUCGUGGCGAUAUUCGGCUCUUAACGGGGCAUUUCACAAACACACGUUCAGCUCUUCUCGGGCAUUGGCGUCUGUGGAUAAUCUAAAUUCCAAAGCAAAUCUGAGCGCUUCUUUGCUUGUUCAUAAAUCAGACUAUGCUGCAACCAGUCGCAAAACCCUGCGCGUAAAUCAUCUCCACAUGCCACUUUGAACCUCCAAUACCCAAGUGAUCCUCUCUAUUCUCUUUGCGACAGCGCCGUCUAAAUAUGGGGGGGAAUGCAAAUGCUGUUAAAAAUACAAAAACGCUCCAAGCGGUGAAAUGAGAAAAAAAGUUAUUAAUGAUUAAGAAUAACUGAUAUUAAAGGAUGUUAACGUUUUUAAUAGACUUAUAAACAACAUCGAAACGUGUAGUUUCCUACAAGACAGUUAAUUUGUAAAUUCACAGCCACAUGGAGAACUGGAAGAUGUGCCGAGACAUUUGCAUUAAAACGGUACAAAACUGCCAGCCUUAACAAUUCAUUUAACGUUGCUUUCAGCCUAAAAUCGUCAUUUGCAUAUUUUUCUUAUAUGUAUUAAAUUAAUCUACCGCAGGGGCAGAUAACUAUUGUUAACAUUGAAUUGCUGAAUUAUUACUUCUAAAUCAUUGUGCUUAAGGUUUAAUACAGCAUAGGCUCAAACAUCGGUUUAUUAAAAGUUUUAUGCCCGUAAUUAGACGUAGGCUAUGUGUUUUAGGUGGUGUAAUGUCAAAGUGCGUAACGACUCUUACUCGCACAGUCGGUGAUUUUGCGAAGAAAGACAUUAGUUAGAGUGGUAUUUCCUUUUUUCCUCUCUCUCUCUUUAGUUGCAAGCUCAAGUCCCAUUCUCUAGUCAAGUUCAGCUCGUUGUUCUCCGGACCGGGCGGACGCUUCUUAUUGGUAGGCUGCGACGGUUACAUCACGCCGCUCGUGACGCGCACGUCUUCCUGUUUCCUUCAGCCGCGUCUUAAAGUGAAUCUUAGUGGCGGAGGAGCGCUCCAGCAUCCAGUCCUCUGCAUCCAGUGCGCCUCGGAGACUCACACGCGCACAGUCUCUCUCUCUCUCUCUCUUUCUCUAGCACUCUUUCUAUGUCUCUCACUCUUGUAGUCGCAGCAGAGGAUAGAGGGAGAGACCGACGCACAAGAGCGCCUUUCAUCUUCUAUAUUUUCCCUGUUUUGUUCCUUUCGCUCGCGCCGCUGACUUUAUUCCAACUCUUCCGCCUCUGAGAAACUGUUAGAUCCCAGCAUCCAGCGACCCGUCGUGCUCGGCGUCUAUUCUCUCGUUUUUCGCCGUAGGAGUUCAGGUUGUCCCCCUCUUCAUCUAAAGGGUAAGUAACCUUGUCCUCGGAUACCUCCCCUCUCUUGUUCUCGUUCUGCCUCGCCUGCGCACGGUGGGCGGAAAAAAAUAAGCAAAUCAAACAUAAUUAUCUGGAAAUUUAUUCCGGCGUUUAACAGCUAAUCACAUCUAUACGACAUUAUUUGCUGUGUUUCGUUCCCCUCAUCUUGAUAAGUGCUAAGAGUUGCGCGAGCAGCCCGUAUUUUUUGCGAGGAUGGUUUGCGGACGGUAGCCCAACCUUCCCUUCCCCAUCAAAGCGGAGACCGAGUUGAUUUGCAACUUUGCGAAGUAAACAGAGGCUUUGAUCCUAGAGGACCGGGUUUGUGGGAUAUGGCCCAAUAGCAGCAGCCCGUGAUGCCGGACCAUGACAGCGACUCCCUCCUGAACAGACAGACCAAGCGAAGACGUGUGGACAUUGGUGUUAAGAGGACAGUGGGAAGCACAGCCUCCUCCACAGCAGCAGCCACAACAGCAACCACUGACAACAUUGCCCGCGCCAAAGCAGCCAUUUUCAGUGCCAUGAACUCUCUGAGCUCUCACUCUCACCACGGAUCAGACACAGACUCCAUGGAGUGCUCUGUAGUGCAGCCACAUGGUGGGCCUGGCGUUGUAUCAGCCAGUGAUAGUGAGUCCAAAUCCAAUGUACUCCGAAAGCUGCUGAAGAGGGCCAACUCAUACGAGGACGCCAUGAUGCCCUUUCCCGGCACCACUAUUAUCUCUCAGCUUCUCAAGAAUAAUAUGGCAAAAAAUGGAGGAGGACCUGAGAGGGGAGAAAGAGGGGACAGGGGUGAGAGAGGAGAGUCAGGCUUCCCUGGAUCAGGGCUCUCCAAUGCAAGUUCAGACGCUCCCCAGGAAGACGCCUGCAGCAACUCCUCCCAGGACAGCACCCCCCAAGAAUGCUUGUCGCCAUUUGGCCGUCCGCCUGGCCUGGCCACCUUUGACAUCGAACGUCUCAAUGAUGAACACCUGCGUGCCAAGCGAGCCCGCGUAGAGAACAUUAUACGGGGCAUGAGCCACUCACCCAGUGUGGUGGUGCCUGCUGCUUCCCGUCAUGAGCGCGACCACGAGAUGGAUGGAGACCGGGAGAUGGAGCUGGACUGCCCACCCCCUCAGGCUCAGCAGCAGGCCCCCAGCUCUCCGCGGGGCGGCGAGGUGUGCGGCAGCAGCGGCAACAGCCGAGAGAACAAGCGCAAGCAGCGUCUGCCCCAGCAGCAGCAGCAGAGCUUCACCCAGCUGGUGUGCCAGAGGAAGGAGCAAAAGCAGGAGGAGCGGCGGCAACUGAAGCUGCAGCUGGAGGACAUGCAGAAACAGCUGCGCCAGCUGCAGGAGAAGUUCUUUCAGAUCUACGACUCAACCGAUGACUCAGAACACAACGACCUCCACAAUGAACUCCACAACGACAUAGGAAACAUGUCCGAGGACAGCCCAGUCAGGUCUGACGCUGGCGCCGACGACCGGGGUGGAGAUGACUUGCGUUCAGACAAUGAGAUGUCUGACCUGGACCCAGGACAUUUCCUGGACAGGGCGCGUGCACUACUUCAGGAGCAGGCCCUGCUGGCUGACAGAGACAAGCCUAGGAGAGAGGGGCUUGGCCGCAGUAAAGGACAAGGGGGUCCAGCCUCCUCAAUGCAUGCCGAGGGCAAACAGCUGGCGGAAACACUAAAGCAGGAACUCAAUUCAGCCAUGACACAAGUAGUGGACACAGUGGUUAAGGUGUUUGCCAAGCCUCCACGCCCCACUCCCCAGCAGGCCUUCCCCCCACUUUCCUUGCCUCCUGAAAGAUUUCCCACUGCUGUCAAUGGAGACAACCCUAACUUCCACACUGCCAACCAGCGGCUGCAGUGCUUUGGGGACGUCAUCAUUCCCAAUCCACUAGAUUCCUUUGCCAGCAUGCCCGGGAUGCCAGGUGCCACCAAUGACCAAACCGAGGCGCUGCCCUUAGUCGUGAGGAAGACUCCUGGUGAGCACCACCACCAGUCCUCAGCUGUGGGCGCCCAUGGUGGUCACCACCAUCCUGCCCUCCACCCCUCUUCACUCUCUGCUACCAUGGGCUUCAGCCCCCCAUCCUUUAGACAUCCAUUCCCUUUGCCUCUCAUGGGCUACCCUUUCCAGAGUCCCCUUGGUGCACCUACAGGUGCCUACACGGGCAAGGACCGUUCCUCACCCGACUCCAUGGACCUGUCCCGAGAAACCACCAGCCUGAGGACCAAGAUGGGAUCAGGUCACCACCUGGGGCACCACCAUCGCUCUUGUUCACCAGCCCAUCCUGGCAGCACGGCCGAGGGACUCUCCCUGUCGCUCAUCAAGUCUGAGUGCAGUGAUCUCCAGGACAUGGCCGACAUCUCCCCCUACUCAGGCAGCAAUAUCCAAGAGGGUCUCUCUCCCAAUCAUCUGAAAAAGGCCAAACUCAUGUUUUUCUACACGCGCUACCCAAGCUCCAACAUGCUCAAGAUGUUCUUCUCCGAUGUGAAGUUCAACCGCUGCAUCACCUCCCAGCUCAUCAAGUGGUUCAGCAACUUCAGGGAGUUCUACUACAUCCAGAUGGAGAAGUUCGCCCGGCAGGCCAUCAACGACGGAGUCACUGGAGUGGAGGAGCUGAGCGUCAGCCGCGACUGCGAGCUCUUCCGAGCCUUAAACAUGCACUACAACAAGGCCAAUGACUUUGAGGUUCCCGAUCGCUUCCUGGAGGUGGCUGAAAUCACACUCAGAGAAUUCUUCAAUGCCAUCGUGGCCGGCAAAGACCUGGACCCAUCCUGGAAGAAGGCCAUCUACAAGGUCAUCUGCAAACUGGACAGCGAGGUCCCUGAAAUCUUCAAGUCCCCCAACUGUCUCCAAGAGCUUCUACACGAGUAAAUUCCCUCUCCUCCUCGCUCGACGCUUUGUGCUUUUCUAAAAACAAAUACUCUCUGAUUUGAUAGAAUUGCUUUGAUAGCACUGAUUUUAUCUUUUGUUUAUUCCAUUUUCCCCGACAUUAGUUUUGAUUUCUUGUUUUUAAUUUUUUUAAUUUCUUUGACUGUAUGAAAGUUAUGAAGUAGCAUUCCCAAUCCGAAGCCUCUGUGGCGGUUCCUAAAAAGGCUUUGCUAUUGUGUUGUUGUUCUUAUAUGAUAAUUAUCAUGAUGGAUAUUAUUUGUUUUGUUUAUUUCUAUGACUCUGGGGAACUGAAGAGACUCUAAUUUUAGUGGGUGUUUUUGGACUGUGUGAACCCUCAGCUACUUUGGCCUGUUAUAUGAUGGACACUAAGUCUAAGAAGGAGCUCCAAUUAACACUACUAGAACAUAGGCUGGGUUCCUUGAACACUUUACUCUUGGCACCGAGGGAUGCUCUUCCAAUCCAGUACCCAAAUGAACUGUCCCCACAAACUGGGUGCUCAAUAGACUGUGGAACUGAAGAUAUCCCUAACAGAACAGUCACACACACAAACAAGGCCUAGUGAGGUUAUUGACUGGACUAAGUUUGACUUGGGAUACUGGUCCGUACUGGUCUGUGGAACUUGGCCUAGUUUUAAAUAGCUACUGAUCUCUACCAUGUUUUGAAGUGUGUUUUUCCUGCAAGUGGGACAUUGUGUUUAUUGGGUAUAUAUAUUGUUAUUUUGAUGAUUAUUAUUGUUGUUUAUGAAUAUUAUUAUUUGUCAUAACUGCUUGCUGAAGGUUGGCAUUUAGAGAUAUGUUUGUCCCUUGAUGCCAUUGCAGAAAAAAAUAAAUUAUUGCUAUUAAUAUUAUAAAAAGUUUAGAUUCUGAAAUAUUUUGCCCAUAUUUCCCAUCCUUCUUCCUACUCUUGUUUUGGUCCAUUUCUGAAGUGGACUUUUGUUAUUGUGGUGCUCAGACUCCGAGGCGUUGAGUCUUGGGGUGUGUUCUGAUUUGGGGAUUUAAUUAGGAGGCCGUCAGAGUGAUUAGCUUCCAUUCACAGGACCAGUAGCAGCUGGAAAAGGAGUUAGGCGGCAGAAAUCUAGACGUAUGCAGAAGUGUGAGCAUUUCCAUGGCCAUUCCAGCUGUGCUUACUGAAGUACUCCCACAACAUACGUUACGGUUUAGCUAUGAAAUACACAACUCAGCCUUUUAAUGCACUGUUCACUAAUUAGCUCAUAUUAUAUGAACUCAGCCUGUUUAUAAAGCUUGAAUUGCAAUUAGCCGAUAUAAGGUGCAAGUUACACUAUGAAGUAAUUUUAACCACAGUUGAUACUUGAAUAUGUCAAAAAAAUGGCGGCACUGUUCUGUAGGUGCUGAAUAUUGAAGACACAAAUAAAAGAAUCACACAGAGGAGAGUAAUUCAAGAAGGGCAGAGCGAGGUGAAAAUAAACUGAAACAGCUAAUUUUGCUUCAAGUGGAACUUCCCCCACAAACAGCACACACUGCUCCUUCCCUGCGCGCUCACCUGCCUUUGAGUGAUCUAGCGCCUCUCUCAAUGCAACAAUACAAGGUCGGAGGUGAGCACUCACCCCAGGGGUAGAUGGAGAAGCUCUCAGCACUACAAAGAGCUGGGACAAAGGCACAGAGCGAGGAGCAACGCGCACCUGAAUCCCUGCGCUCUGUCCCGCCGUCCCGUCCUGGCAGCUUUUAACAGCCAACGUGUGCGUUUGUUGGAGCCACGCUGCCCAGAUUAUUAAGCGUCAUUCCUUUCACUGUUGGCCGAGAUCCUACAGCAAAUCCCAGACGUUCCGCUUGAGUUCCACGUGUGUAUCUUGUGUUUCGUUAAUUCUGCCCUCUCAGGAUUUCUGACAUUUUUAAGUAGUUAGUCUUAGCUGCCCUUUCCAUGAGGUAAGUUUGAUGAAAUGGCAAGACUUGAACACUAGUGUAGAGUGGGUGCCAGCUAGUUGUUGAUCUCACCUUGGACAUUACAGUGUGUGUGUAUGUGUGUGUGUGUGUGUGUGUGUGUGUGUGUGUGUGUGUGUGUGUGUGUGUGUGUGUGUGUGUGCGCGCGCGCGCUUCUCACAAAGGAUCAAAAGGAGCAGGUUGCUUAACCUGCUGACUUGUCUAAGCAGGACAAAGCGUUUGACAAAAGGAGGCAGAGAAAGACAGAGAGUUACUCCCUUCAUUAUGUCCCUCCUCUCAGUGUUCUUCUUAAGAUCCGAAGCCCUGAGAGAGAGAGUGGGAAACCUUUCUCACUGCAGGACGGGCAAGGCCCUGUGUGUCUCAAAGUCUCAAAGCACCAGCCAGGGGGUGCAAAGUGCCACAAACAAAAGAAAAAGGAAAGGACGCUUUUAUCUGAUGCACAGAUUAUUAUCACUCCCAACGCUCCCCCUUCCUGCCACCCUGCCCUGAAGUUAAACAGGUCCUGCGCCUAAAAGAUUAAUUCAGGAUAACGUGCACAAAAAAAUUAGCAACCCUAAUAUAAUAUUGUGUUGAAAAUAUUUUUGCCAGGUUUUCCUUUCCUGGGGUUGUUUGAUUUUUUUUAAGUAACAUUACUGAAAUACAUAUAUAUAUAUAGCCUUUUUUAAGAAUUGUAAAAUAUAAAUCUAUGGGAAAAAUAUAUACUGUAGUGGAAGUUCUCUGAAAGGCACUGUUAGCUAUGGUUUCAUAAAAGACAUCUUAGUGGCAGUUUUGUUUAAAUUUGUAUUCUGGAAAAGUGACUUGUUGGUAGACUAGGAGCAAUAGUUGUAGGUUUUGAAGGUUUUGUGACCAGUUUCCUUUUAGUUUCUUCAUCCUUUUGUGUUACGUUGAAUGGCUGUCUUCUUGAGAUCAGAAAUAUAAACUUGGAAUUCAUUUUGAGUAUGAGAUGUUGUUGCUAGUGUAUGAAUACUGUCAGGGUGAAACAAAUAUAGCUGUACAGUUUUUUCUAUUAUCACAGAGUGAUCGAAGGACGGGGGAGAAAAAUGAGUGGAAAAAGACACGCGACCUGGGGUCUCCAAUUGGACUGACCACUCGUCUACAAGCCCACAAAGGAAAGUUCUUGUUUUUCCUUAUCAUGCCUUUAACAGGGGUCUGUGUCCCGUCGGCAGAGCCCUUGAAGUUGCACCAGCAUCCGUUAGUUUAAUUUUUGCUGACAGAAUGGUGCGUCAGGCUUGUACCGGUAGUUGGGUAAUGAUGAUGUCACAGAGCGGCCAGUUGGCAACCUAAGGACCAGGUCUCGUCCAAAAACGAGGGCAGGCUAGCACUGACAUGGCUCUGGAUCUGACCCGACAAAGAGACAGGACAGCCAGUGUCAUUGAAGUGGGCACACGUUAUACAGUAACACUUAAAAAACAGAGAAACUGCAGACACACAAACGUUAUAUGUACCCUUUUUUAUCUGGUUGGGAAACCUUUGGACUUUUGUGGAAUUUCCAUACACUUUGCAUUGUGUGUGUGUGUGUGUGUGUGUGUGUGUGUGUGUGUGUGUGUGUGUGUGUGUGUGUGUGUGUGUCUGCACGAGAGAAAAGACCGAUUAUGAGAACCUGUGAACCAGUGAGUGACACAAUUCUCAACACUGUGGCCCCUCCCCCGCCCAUGGGAGUACCAUCCUGACAUGUAAAUGAUUCUCAUUAAGCGUUGGCAUCAUGUGUUUGGUGUGUGUGUGUGUGUGUGUGUGUGUGUGUGUGUGUGUGUGUGUGUUGUGAUAAUUUCCUCUGAUGUGUUUUUUUUGACCUGGUUGAAAGGGGUUUUGUUUCUUGAGGCUUUCAAUAGUAAUUCUUUUUUUAUUAUUAUGAUUAUUAUUAUUACAUUGCUCCUUUAUUGUAAAUAACAAUGAUGUGGACUUACGGUGAUAAAUACUGCCUUUGUAUAACUUAGCAAUAUGUUAUGUAAAUAGUGUUGAUGCUUUUUGUAUGACAUUAAUAUUCAAUUCUAGUGCAGUAAUUCCAACUGGAAAACUGGAACAGCCAUGUUUUAAAUGCAGUCUGAAUCAUUACACACAUUGUAAAAUAAAAUUCAUGACAUGGCUGCUUUUUUCUGUUAUUGCUGUCUAUUUGUCUUGCAGAUUUUGUGUAAUUUAUUGGUUUAAUUUAUCCUAAUUUAUUUGAUGUUGUUUUCUUUGGCUUUUAAAACAGGGAAGGCUGUACUGCAUUUCAUCAUUCUUAGAACCAACCUAAAUACGUUAACCUAAAAUUUAUUUAAAAAAAAAAAAGCUCUAGUAAUACUCUGAGGAAAUUCAAAAAGGGAGAACUUGGCAGAUAAAGGAGGUGAAAUACAACUUUGUUAUUGUUUUGUUCCCGAACCAUGCAGAGGGUGGGCUUGAGACCUGAAAAUAGUUUGAAGCAGUUUUGUAUUUUUCUUCAUAUUUCUCCCCUGUAUUGCUUUGGUCCAGCCCAAAAACUAGUAGUCAAAUUGCCUUUCGUGCCUUCACCCUCAAUGAACUGAAUGUAUGUGCAGUAUAUAUGCAAGCUUGUGCAAAAUGAAUAAAAAUGAAAAUAAAAAUGAAAAAUACAGUA